GAGCGCAGCGCAGCGCGCCCGGCGCCGGGCAGCGGCAGGCAGCGGAGUGAGCGGCGGGGGCCGGAGGGAGCCUCACCGCCCGCCCAGCCCAGCGCAGCCCGGCCCGGCCCCGGGCGGCUGCCUCCGGCGGGAGGGAGAGGGCAGAGCGCCGGAGAGCACUUUUCGCCCUACUUGAGGAGUGUUUGUGGAUUUACAUGCCAAGCCUUCAAGAUGAUGUCGAUGAACAGCAAGCAGCCGCAUUUUGCCAUGCAUCCCACCCUACCUGAGCACAAGUACCCCUCGCUGCACUCCAGCUCGGAGGCGAUCCGGAGAGCGUGUCUGCCAACGCCGCCGCUGCAGAGCAACCUCUUCGCCAGCCUCGAUGAGACGCUGCUGGCUCGGGCCGAAGCUUUGGCCGCCGUCGACAUCGCCGUGUCGCAGGGCAAGAGCCACCCCUUCAAGCCGGACGCCACAUACCACACCAUGAACAGCGUCCCCUGCACCUCCACCUCCACCGUGCCCCUGGCGCACCACCACCACCACCACCACCACCACCACCAGGCGCUGGAGCCCGGCGACCUCCUGGAGCACAUCACCUCGCCCUCCCUGGCGCUCAUGCCCGGCGGCGCCGGCGGAGGAGGCGGCGGCGGCGGCCACGACGGGGCGGGCGGCGGAGGCGGCGGGGGAGGCGGCGGAGGGGGCGGCGGCGGAGGGGGCGGCGGAGGCGGCGGCCUCAUCUCCAGCUCGGCGCACCCGCACCCGCACAUGCACGGCCUGGGCCACCUCUCGCACCCGGCCGCCAUGAACAUGCCGUCGGGGCUGCCGCACCCGGGGCUGGUGGCCGCGCACCACGGCGCGGCGGGGCAGGUGGCCUCGGCGGCGGCCGUGGUGGGGGCGGCGGGGCUGGCCUCCAUCUGCGACUCGGACACGGACCCGCGGGAGCUGGAGGCCUUCGCCGAGCGCUUCAAGCAGCGCCGCAUCAAGCUGGGGGUGACCCAGGCCGACGUGGGCUCGGCGCUGGCCAACCUGAAGAUCCCGGGCGUGGGCUCGCUCAGCCAGAGCACCAUCUGCCGCUUCGAGUCGCUGACGCUGUCGCACAACAACAUGAUCGCCCUCAAGCCCAUCCUGCAGGCCUGGCUGGAGGAGGCCGAGGGGGCCCAGCGGGAAAAAAUGAACAAGCCCGAGCUCUUCAACGGGGGCGAGAAGAAACGCAAGCGGACUUCCAUCGCCGCCCCGGAGAAGCGCUCCCUGGAGGCGUACUUCGCCGUCCAGCCCCGGCCCUCCUCCGAGAAGAUCGCUGCCAUCGCCGAGAAAUUGGACCUCAAAAAGAACGUGGUGCGGGUUUGGUUUUGCAACCAGAGACAGAAGCAGAAACGGAUGAAAUUUUCCGCCACCUAUUAGGGGGAGGGGUCGGGGAGGGGCGCGGGGGGAACCGAGGGACGGUGCCGGAGUGACUGCGGGGAGCGGAGGGGGGGAGCGGGGCAGCGCCGUCGAUGAUUCGCACCGAGAGGCGCCGGGACGGCCCCAGAGGAAGGAGGGGAAGGGAGGGGGGGGCUCAGACUGCCGCGGGGCCGCAGCCCCGUCCCUCUGCCCCCUUCCCAACCCCCCCUCCCGCCCCGGCAGAAGGAACAGCACCGCCACGCACCGACGGUACCGCGGCAGCCACGAACCCGGCACCGAGUCCCAGCUUUCAGCAGGAAAAGAAAACCGAGCCACGACCCGAGGGCGGAACUGUCGGUGACGAUGCUACGUUUGCUUUGGUUUGGGCCUCUUUUCAUUACUUUGGUUUCUUUCCCUUUUCCCUUUGCUUGAGAGACGAGGACGGCGGUGCUUUGGUGGGGAGGGGAGGGCCGGUUGGGUCGGGGAUGGAUUUCGUGGGUUCGGAUUUAUUUUUGUUAUUAAUUUAUUUAUUAAGUAAUUUAUUUAUAUUUUCCUCGAAUGCGCUUUUUCGCGAGGCUUUGCCCACGGCUCUGUCUGUGCUGAGCCCUGAGAGCCGCCGCGCUCCUUUGUGCGGUUCCCCCUCUCUGUGCGGUUCGCCCCUCCCCGCACACCCCCUUCCCCCUCCCCCCCCCUCCUUCCCCGGCCCCGUUCCCUGCGGGAUAGGCCUGCGGGAGGGGAUGGGAGAGGAGCGGGUAGGGGUUCCACCCGUGGGGUGCGCGCAGCUCCGUGCGGCCGCGGCUCUGUCGGCCCCCUCCCUCCGCUCCCAUCCGGUCCCACUGCGUUGGGGCAGGGACGGCCCUGGAGUGCUGCCCCCGAGUCCCUGUAGGAGUUUGGGGGCUAUGGCACCGGAUGGUAGUGGGGGGGAGGGUGGUGGGGUGCAGAGGGGAAGCGAGGAGGCAGAGUGGCAUUUGUUUCCGAGGGGCUGCGGGCAAAAGGAACAACGUAAUUUGGACUGAAAAGUCGUUCACUGGGAGUAACAACCGUUGGGUAGGGGAUGGAUUCUGUGUGUGUGUGUGGGGUGGGGGGGGGGGGGGGUCAGUUUGCACUGUGACAGCCUCCCGGAUUGCAGGAGGUAGUAUUC